UCCCUCAAGUCUUAUAUUUUAGAUUCUAAAAUUUACAUUUUUAACAUUUUCAAUCAUUUUACAAUAUAGAGAAUCGCCUCAUGGGAUGAAUCACCUUAUACAAUAAAUCACAUUGUAAUGAAUGUCAAAUAAUAGUAGUUUUUCACAUGAUGUUAAUAAAUUUUAUAAAUAACAUUAAAAGAUUAAAUUCUUUGAACGGUUAUAUGAUUUGAAACUCUUAAUUAGUUCAGGUCAGUUUGGACUGAUAUUUUUUUGCCAGUAUUCUAAAUUAAGCAACCCCAAUGUUAGUAUUUAUAACCAUGUAAUGAAAGAUUCCCUCUUUAGAAUUUGUGACCUUCCUUGCUUGUUCAAACAGGGAUAGGUGAGGAGGUUACUUCCUCUGGGAUUGGGGGGUGGGGUGCCAGCAUCUUACCAGUAAUUGACUGGUGGGCCCAAAUCAUUUGGGUCUUUUGUAUUUGAAAAGAUGUGUGAUUGGGCAGCAGAAACAGAAAACAAUGUAAAUUGAGUAAUACUGGUCCAUCUUUUGAAAUUCACCUUUUAAAUUUAAAAGCAGAAUGUAUUUUCUCAUGAGUGUACAGUUUGAUGCACGUUAAUUAAUGGGUCAUUGCUAAAUACUCAGUUCUGGUACAUGGCAACAAUUCCAACUUUUUGGAUAUUUUGGUUUCCAGUGGAUAAUUAGUAUGCUGAUCACCAUUAAAAUAGUAGCUGCUGCCGAGAGGAGGGCACGCUGGUUGUAAGAGAUGCAUUAUUUCCUAACAAAAAACAUGGCUCUGUACAAACUCACUGGUUUUCUGUCUGCUGCUUGCUCAGGGUGAAGAGCAGGUCAGGCAGUACCAAAAUCCCAUCCCUGCUAAUGGGGGGGCACAGCUGAAUGAACCCAAGAAAUCCCUAUUUUAUGAAGACAUCACAGCAAGAUUAAUAUCUGUUAACAAAAGACUCCUGUCAGAAAGGUAUUUUUAUCAGAACUGAGAUUUUUUUUUUUUUCUUUCAGCCUCUGGUAACAGACAAAGCUUUUGCACAACCUACAUUUAUGUUGCACAGAAGCAGCGUCAUAUACGUGAGAAAAUUAAGUUCAGUUGAAGCUUAGCAGUUUAAGAAAGACCACAACCCAGUACUUCCCCCUUUGGCUGCUGUUUAUAUUAUUCCAAAGAAAUUUCCCUUUAAAGAAUGGUAGUAAUAUUAAUUUUAUUGGUGUAUCUUUUCAUACAAAAUUCUAAUAAAGCCAGCUAGCUUUUGUAUGCUAAAAAUGUGCAUACAAGUUUUAAGUAAUGAAAAAAAUGACUAACAGCCCAAAUUCCUAGUUUGCAUGAGAAUUCCUGCUACACAUUCUUGCUUUAAAGUCUAAGUGAUUUUUUUUUUCUUGACCUUUGAGAGAGAAAAGUGAAAUGAAAUCAGAAAAGCACUUAGGCAUAGAUGCAGCGUUCCAUGCGGGGUGAUACAUCAAGGCAAAGGCUGAGAGCAGCGAGCUGAGAGCAGCUGGCAUUGAAACAAAAAUGGAGGAGCAGCAGUGGGGGGCCUGGCUGCAGGGGGGCACCUGAUUCGUGUUUGGGAAGUGACCGCAAGCCACGGCGCGCUGAGACUCCAGUCCCUGGGGAUGAGAGAGGAGCCUCGCAGGGGAACGCCGGUGAAGGAAUACCUGGCAGGAGCCAGUGCGGGGAGAGGACGCUUCCUUAUUGUGCUCGUAUGCCUUAUCUUCAGUGUGCUUUCUACAAUUGAACAGUAUGCAGCUCUUGCUACAGGGACGUUAUUUUGGAUGGAAAUUGUAUUAGUGGUAUUCUUUGGAACAGAAUAUGUGGUUCGGUUAUGGUCAGCAGGAUGCCGCAGUAAAUAUGUUGGAAUAUGGGGAAGGCUUCGUUUUGCUAGGAAGCCUAUUUCAAUCAUUGAUUUAAUUGUUGUUGUUGCUUCCAUGAUAGUUCUUUGUGUGGGUUCUAAAGGUCAAGUCUUUGCAACCUCAGCUAUCAGGGGCAUCCGUUUUCUGCAGAUUUUACGAAUGCUGCAUGUUGACCGUCAGGGUGGUACAUGGAGGCUGCUGGGAUCAGUGGUGUUCAUACACAGACAAGAACUGAUAACUACACUCUACAUUGGAUUUCUGGGUCUGAUUUUUUCCUCUUAUUUUGUGUACCUGGCUGAAAAAGAUGCUGUAAAUGAUUCUGGAGAAACAGAGUUUGGCAGCUAUGCAGAUGCCCUGUGGUGGGGAGUAGUGACUGUUACAACUAUUGGCUAUGGGGAUAAAGUGCCUCAGACCUGGAUAGGAAAGACCAUUGCAUCUUGUUUUUCAGUAUUUGCAAUUUCAUUUUUUGCACUACCUGCGGGAAUUCUUGGUUCAGGCUUUGCCCUAAAGGUACAACAGAAACAGAGACAGAAACAUUUCAACCGUCAAAUUCCAGCUGCUGCCUCUCUCAUACAGACUGCAUGGAGAUGCUAUGCAGCAGAAAACCCAGACUCUUCUACAUGGAAAAUAUACAUUCGAAAACCUGCCAGAAAUUAUCAUUUGAUGUCACCCAGUCCAAAACCGAAGAAAUCAGUGAUGGUUAAAAAGAAGAAAUUUAAGUUAGACAAGGACAAUGGGCCUGCUUCUCCAGAUAGGAUGUUAACUGUUCCACACAUCACUUACGACCAUGUGACAGAGGACAGGAAACCUGAUUUCAGUUUUGAACCAUAUGAAAAUUCUGAUUGUCAGCGCUCCUGGCCAUCCUUUUCCACAGACCAGCAGUCUUCCAGUGCUCCUUCCUCUCCAGUGAAAAAAAGUCCGACGUUUUUAGAUGUGAACACAGGACCCUUCAUCAGGACCAACAGCUUUGCCGAUGAGCUUGACCUGGAGGGUGAGACACUGUUGACCCCAAUAACUCACAUCUCACAGCUGCGAGAACACCACCGCGCUGCAAUUAAGGUGAUUCGUAGGAUGCAGUAUUUUGUGGCAAAGAAAAAGUUUCAGCAAGCUAGAAAACCCUACGAUGUCCGAGAUGUUAUUGAGCAAUAUUCACAGGGCCACCUCAACCUGAUGGUGCGAAUCAAGGAGUUACAGAGGAGGUUGGACCAAUCCAUAGGGAAGCCAUCUCUUUUUAUUUCUGUCUCAGAAAAAAACAAAGAUCGAGGGAAUAACACGAUUGGUGCCAGGCUGAACAGAGUGGAGGACAAGGUGACACAAAUGGACCAGAAACUGAACCUCAUCACAGAUAUGCUGCAUCAUCUGGUUUCCCAUCAGCAGGGGCAUCAAGGGAACAACAGAUCAUCUCAGAGAGGCAACAGUGUCAAUUCAGAUCUUUUCCUCCCUAAUAACACCCUGCCAACCUACGAGCAACUGACAGUACCAAGAAGAAACGAAGAUGAUAUAUCCUGAUUUGAUAUAAGUCUGGGUUGGGUUCUUCCCAACUUUAUCCUUUAAAUGGGACUGAAUGUUGAGAACCUGGAAGGAAUUAAGUUCAUCAGCUAUCCCAGGAAAACACACAACAACUGUAUCUAUACCACUGGUCUCAGAUACACUCUUCUAAAGCCCCUCAUAACAGCCAAAGGAUUGCCAGGCCGUCUUCUAGCAGGCAAAACUUACUGAAGCUCCAUGUUGAUUUUGUUCAUGAACAAAUGAUCACAACUCAUUAUUUCUCAGAAAGACCAAAAUGAUGUAAAGACAGGCAAAACGUCAAAGAUUUAGAGCUCCUUUAAUAAUAAUAAUAGUAAUAAUAAUAUUCUAAUAAUACUUGAACUUAGAUGGAAAAAGUGCAUUCUGUUUAUGAAUCUGCAGAUAGCAAUAUAUUUCUACUACUAAGGUUUUUAAAACAAACUAGGAUAACUUAUGUUGUUUUUAUUGUAUAAACAUACACUAACAUUCUAGAGGAAGGCAAACCACAUACUGAAUGAUUUUCUUUUUCUGUUUUAUUUUAACUUUGCUACAUAGUUAUCAGAUAAUGACCAGAUUUUUUAAACCUGUUUUUCUUCAGGGAGGAACUAAUCCUUAAUCUGGAACAAUACUAUUUAUAGUGGAAAGUGCUAUAGAUUUUUUUAAGAUAUCAGUUUUUCAUGGGAGACAAUAAAGUAUUACAUAGAAAAAAUGAUUCUGCUUUCUAGAAAAUUGUUGCCAAAGAAUUUAUGUGUAAAUAUAAAACACCGUGGUCUGAAUGUACUUGUCCUGAAAUAGCUUUUUAAAAAGAAGGCCAACUACUUUUGAAAUCUACUGGGUUUUAGCUUAAAAUUGCCAAAAAUAGUACAGAAGGCUGACGUGACUGAACUUGCUGGUCGAGUGCUUGAGCUGGCCACUUAUUGAGCAUCCCUAAUCCUUGCAGGAAUCGAGGCGUCCGUUCAGGAAAGCAUCUCUUAGCCAGACAGCAUAUAUGACAAUUUGAACAGUUUCCUGAAUAACGUCUUGAGAAAUUCUACUCCCUACAAGAGUCAUUUGGUACUGAAAAGUGCUAGCUCUAAUUUAGAGGACCGAGGGCCUCAGCUACAUCCCACGGAGCAUUACCCCACAUGGUAGUGCAGUAAAGCCAGCAGUGUUUGGCUCAGUGUGAUUUUUCACACACACACCCCAUGAACAGGAUUUGGGCUUCGAUUACUAAGGUUGAAUUCCGCCCUUGCGGAUAGGCAGCACCCGUACCAGUCAGCCCUGCUUUGAACGUGGAGCAUUUUUAAAGCUGACAGAGUGUCAGGAAAAGCUAUUUAGUCCAGUGUGGUGGUGGUGGUAGCCCAUACCGCUGGCAAAAGAGGGAGAUGUAGACAGAUUUAUCAGCUCUUGUGUUUUGAGCAUCAUACGCAUCCAGUGCACCCUGUUCCCCUCACUGCAAAGCCUGUACCCCACGGUGGUCUCUAUCCCUCUCCUGGAAAACUGAUGCCCUAAAGCCCCAUAAUUUUGCACAGCAGUUAACGUCACCACUCUUUAAAAUCUUUGAGCAGUCUGAAAUACCGACAUGUAAUGAACUGAGAUUGCAGGGAACCUUCUUAUAGUGCUGCUCACAUUCCGGGCUUUCUUUUCAACAUUUCAUCUCUUUCACUUGGACUGCAGAGAAAAGUAUACUUUAUCUAACUUUACAGAUUAUGUUGCAAUUAUCCAGCCUUGCUGCUGUACAGUAGAUAAAUGUUAAGGGUGUAGAAAUUUAAUUUACAGGCACAAACAGGAAUUGUAUCUGGGCAUUAUGUUUUAUAGAAAUCAAAUUAUUGUUGUAAUUUUGAACAUUUUUUUAAAUGAGAUUCACUAUGUAAUUUCAGGUUAUCAAUCAGCCUGUUAAUUUCCUAAUAAAAUACAGGACAA